AUGCCAACUCGGCGCCGAGCGCUCAUCACGGGCAUUACAGGACAAGACGGCUCGUACCUCACAGAGUUCUUGCUGCAAAAGGGAUAUGAAGUACAUGGCAUCAUUCGUCACAGCAGCACCCUCAACACCGAGCGGCUCGUGCCCGUCUCCAACCGCAUACAUCUGCACUGCGGGGACGUCGUGGAUUCGACUUCCCUCUUUGACAUUAUUUCGCGCGUACGCCCUCAUGAGGUGUACAAUCUAGCCGCUCAAAGCCAUGUGAAGGUGUCUUUUGAGAUGCCUAUACACACCACCGACUCUACCGCCGUCGGGGUGCUUCGCGUACUGGACGCCAUUCGGGCUGCAGGACUUGCCCAUGAGACGCGGGUGUUCCAGGCCUCAUCGUCGGAGAUGUUUGGGUCGAGUACAGUGGAGCUACAGAAUGAAGAUACUCCCUUCAAGCCUUGUUCUCCUUAUGGUGUUUCUAAGCUUUACGGACACUUCACAGUGCAGACGUAUCGCUCGGCCUAUGGAAUGUUCUGUGUUAGUGGAAUUCUAUUCAACCAUGAGAGCCCCAGGAGGGGCAUCACAUUUGUCUCUCGCAAAAUCACCAUGGGCAUUGCUAGCAUUCUGAAGGGGGAAAUGAGUUGCCUCGAACUGGGCAAUCUGGACGCCCGCAGAGAUUGGGGUCAUUCGCGCGACUACGUGAAGAGCAUGUGGUUGAUGCUGCAGCAGGAGGUUCCAAAGGACUACGUAGUGGCGACUGGCAAGCAACACUCCGUCAGGGAAUUCUGUGAACUGGCAUUCGCUAUUGCAAAUCUUCCGCUCCAGUGGAAAGGAAAAGGCCUGCAAGAAGUGGGAAGCUGUGGGGGCCGUGUUUUGGUGCGGGUUUCUUCUGCUCAUUUCCGCCCUACGGAGGUCAACGCGCUGAAAGGGGAUGCCUCACGCAUCCGGGCGGAGUUGAACUGGCGCCCAGAGACGACAUUCACGGCGCUGGUGUUCGAGAUGCUGCAGUCUGAUAUGAGGGCUGCGGGGUUACAACCGCCGACGCCAUCCGAGUGUAACCAGCGCAUACUCAAACACAUGGGGAGCGCUGCGGACCCUUUGCUGGACUAG